AUGCCGACCGGAGUUUCGCUAAUAUUUUUUAUUUUAUCUAUAAUCGCCUUAACGUGCGAAGGUUUAUAUUUUUACAUUUCGGAAACUGAAAAAAAAUGUUUUUCCGAAGAUUUAGCAGACGAUACCAUCGUUGUUGGAAAGUACAAAGUGGAGAUAUAUGAUAAAAUUCAGAACAGGUACAUACCAACAAUACCAGGGUUAGGUAUGCAUGUAGAAGUACUCGAUCCUGAAGACAGACCAAUUAUGUCUAGGACCUAUUCUACAGAGGGCAAGUUUUCAUUUAAUUCCCACUCUCCUGGUGAGCAUAUCAUAUGCUUGCACUCCAACUCUACUGCUUGGUUCGGAGGGGCUAAACUGAAAGUGUUCUUGUCGAUAAGUGUUGGUGAAGCAGCUACAGAUUACAAGGAGGUAGCUAAGAAAGAAAAAUUGAAUGAAUUGCAACUCAGGGUUCUACAGCUUGUUGAGAAAGUUGAGCAGAUUUCUAAAGAACAAUCUUAUCAGAGGGUUAGAGAAGAAAGAUUCAGACAGACAAGUGAGAGUACCAGUCAACAGGUUCUUUGGUGGGCCAUUGGGCAGACUGCCCUCCUCAUCAUCGCCAGCUUGUGGCAGUUGAAACAUCUGAAAGGAUUUUUUGAAGCAAAGAAAUUGGUUUAAUUAAAAUGGCGUUGAACGUGAAUAUGGUUGUUAUAUUAAUUUAUUUAAAAUUAAAAAUGGCGUUGCUCUUAGAUUAAUAUUUUCAAUGUAAUUGUUUUAUGCCAGGCCAGGUGAUUUAGUGUUUUAUUUAUUCAUCAAACGAAUUUAAUUUAAAAUCGUUUCGCAAUUAUUACUUGCUCGUGUGCACAGCGCAUUCCUCUACUGUCUAUCUGCUAUUUAACAAAAUUGUAGUUGAUUCAUUUUUGUAAAUUUAUAUUAAAAGGAACCGACCUUGCUGUCCUUGUUGAUGGAACCCAUGUUUCAUUAAUUAUCUUGAAACUUGGGUUAAAUAUUAACAAAUUGUUGGUUGAUUUGUCUAUUUCAAUUUUAAAGAGCUAGGCUUGUAGAACUCGUUAUUUGUUUUCAAUUUCUGUUUUCAACGUCUGUAUUGUUAAACUUUUUAAAACGCCACGGAACGGAUUGCUCUUAAUCGUUACAUAAAUUUUUAAACUUCAACCAAGUUUGAAUGCUUUGAAUCGAAAAAAUUUGACUCGUGUUCGCAUUUGUAGUUUCAUCUGGAUGAGUCUACUAUUUGAAAGUUAGUGGGUAUGAUAUUUUUCUUUUGAAAAGAUUUUUCCCAAUAUAUUGUUUUUGAGAAUGUUGACCGACCUCGCGAAUGCCGGUUCAACAUAUUUUAUCUGUUCGACGAUAUCUGAAUAUGUUGGUUCGCGUGCAUAAAUUAUAUGAAGAGUUGAAUUUUUCGCUAGUAGCGUUAUAAUUGAUUUGUGCAAUCUGUAAAUAUGGCAUCUGUCGGCUACUGAAAUAUCAUUUUGUUUAAGAAAGGCAAGGUUAAUAUAUUAUAUUAUAUAAGAAUAUCUGGAGAUAAUUGAAUGGGUUUGGCGCGUUAGACUGGAGAUAUUGAUUGCUUGUCAAGACAUCGGGUCACCGCACAUAUUUUCGCUGGUAUUUCUGCUCUAUCUGUGCGCAAUGCGCGUGUUCGCGGAAUUGCACUGUGUAUUUUACGCAAGUGUGUAUGUCUGAGAUGGAUGUGUUUAUGUUUCACACCAGAUUAUGAGUGUUUAUCUAUGUUUGUGAUGAUUUUGUUUAUUAUAAUUCGUUUUUUGUAAUAAUUUUAAAGAACCAUCUUAAAAAGUCAUAAAUAUUUAUUUAAAAUUUUA